AUGAAGGUAAAGACAAUCUCGCGGUCAUCGGAUACAUAUAUACCAGCACGCAAUACGCAAGCUUCAGCAUUGCCACGUAAUUUAAACCCUGCCCUUCACCCUUUUGAGCGUGCGAGAGAAUAUACUAGAGCACUCACAGCUACAAAAUUGGAGCGAAUGUUUGCUAAACCCUUUUUGGGCCAACUAGGGGACGGACACGAAGAUGGAGUAUACCACUUGGCAAAGAACCCACAUCAAAUUGGACAAAUGGUGAGUGGUGCUGGUGAUGGUGUUGUCAAGAUUUGGGAUUUGGGAACUAGGGAAGAGAUAGGUAGUGUUAAAGCACACUACGGGAUGUGUUCUGGAGUAUCGGUUGUGCCCACUACUAAUGCAAACGAUGGAAAAUUGUUGAGUUGUGGAGAUGACAAGACUGUUAAGCUAUGGGCCAUGGGAAGUUCUGGAUUUGGCCAUACGGGCGAAGAUGAUGCCGAAGGAGAUGCAGAAGAAGUGAAGGAAGAUAGACGGGGCGCACGUAGAAGCAGAGAUACUGGAUUGAUCAAGACCUUUGUUGGUGAACACGGGUUCAAAGGUGUGGACCACCAUAGAAAUGACCCUCUUUUUGUCACUGGUGGUGCUCAAAUCCAGCUUUGGGAUACAAACAGGUCCAACUAUCUUUCCAAUCUCUCAUGGGGCAUCGAUAAUGUCAACACUGUGAAAUUUAACCACACAGAGACUAAUCUUGUGGCAUCCUGUGGUGGUCUGGAUAAUGCUAUUGUGCUCUAUGAUAUCAGAACAAAUACCGCUGUGCAACGAACAAUUACUACAUUCCGCAACAAUUGUAUUAGUUGGAACCCAAUGGAGGCAUUCAACUUUGUUACAGGUAACGAGGACCAUAACGCCUACUUGUGGGAUAUGCGUAAAAUGUCGCACUCCUUGAAUAUAUACAAAGACCAUGUUGCUGCGGUGACAGAUGUCGAUUUCUCACCUACUGGUGAGCAAAUUGUUACUGGUUCAUACGAUAAAACCAUUCGUAUUUACAAUGCACGCGAUGGCCAUUCGCGCGAUAUAUACCAUACCAAGAGAAUGCAGCAUGUAUUCUGUACAAAGUUCACUAUGGAUGCCAAAUAUAUAAUCAGUGGAUCAGACGAUACCAAUUUACGUGUAUGGCGUAGCGUUGCCUCAGAAAGGGCUGACAUCAAAUCAAUGAAACAAAGAAACAAAUUAGAAUAUGACGAGAAAUUGAAGCAGAGGUUCAAGGACAUGCCCGAGAUUAGGAGAAUCAGCAGACAUCGUCAUGUACCGAAGGUGGUGAAAAAGGCACAAGAGAUUAAAAAGAUCGAGUUGGAUAGUAUUAAGCGUAGGAGGGAGAAUGAGGUUAAGUUUUCAAAAUCGGCAAAGGACAAGAGGCUGGAAAGAGAAAGACAUGUCAGGGGAACUGUUAAUUAG